UAUGCACUACCUUAAAAAAAAAAAAAAAGGUUCAGUAAGUGUUUAUGGAUUGCGUGCUUUUUUACUCCCAGCUAAGUCAACCAAAGGUCACCGCAUAGGUUCUGGUGAAACCUGGUGACCCGAGCGGUUCAGAGCGGCCGGGAUCAAAGGUGAGGACCGCUGGGAGGGCCCAUACAAGCUGCGAAAGAAAGGCAGUGCACUAACCUCUCCGCCGGAAAAGAAGAGGGACGUGCCAAGCGCGCAAGCUUCCGCGACCCGGCUGCAGCUCCUCCUUGGCGCCGGCACCGCCUCUCGUGCAGCGGGUGCGACGCGAGUGUUGGCGCUGGCACGGCGGAGGUGAUGGCCAGGACUCCGGCGUCCCUCUCGGGACAGGACGAAGGAUCAUUUGCGUAUCUUACAAUUAAAGACAGAAUACCACAGAUCUUAACCAGGGCUAUUGAUACAUUGCAUCGACAUAAAAGUGAAUUUUUUGAGAAACAUGGAGAGAAAGGCACUGAAGCUGAAAAGAAAGCAAUUUCUCUUCUUUCUAAAUUACGAAAUGAAUUGCAAACAGAUAAACCAAUAAUCCCCUUUGUUGAGAAGUUUGUUGAUACUGACAUAUGGAAUCAGUACCUAGAAUAUCAACAGAGUCUUUUAAAUGAAAAUGAUGGAAAACCCAGAUGGUUUUACUCACCUUGGUUAUUUGUAGAAUGCUACAUGUAUCGUAGAAUUCAUGAAGCAAUUAUCCAGAGUCCACCGAUUGAUGACUUUGAUGUGUUUAAAGAAUCCAAAGACCAAAAUUUCUUUGAGUCACAGGAAUCUGUCAUUGCUCUGUGUACUCACCUGCAAGAGGUGGUAAGAGCCAUCGAAGACCUAGAUGAAAAUCAGCUGAGAGAAGAAUUUUUCAGACUUCUUCAGAUUUCACUGUGGGGGAAUAAGUGUGAUCUGUCUCUAUCAAGCGGGGAAACCAGGUCUCAGAAAACCAAUGUAAUUAAUUCUUUGGAGGAACUAAAACCUUUGAUUUUAGUGAAUGACAUGGAACGUCUUUGGUUGCUGCUUAACAACUGCAAGAAAACAAGAGAAAAAGCAUCUAUUACCAGAGUAGUAAUUGUUCUGGAUAAUUCUGGGUUUGAACUUGUUACAGAUUUAGUUUUAGCUGACUUUUUGUUGUCCUCUCAACUGGCUACUGAGAUCCAUUUUUAUGGAAAAACUAUUCCGUGGUUUGUGUCCGAUACUACUAUCCGUGAUUUUAACUGGUUAAUUGAACAAAUGAAAAUGUCUAAUCAUAAGUGGAUGUCCAAGUGUGGGGCUGACUGGGAAGCCUAUGUAAAGACGGGCAGAUGGGUUUACCGUGAUCAUAUAUUUUGGACCCUGCCUCAUGAAUUCUGCGUAAUGUCUCAGGUUGCUCCUGACUUGUAUGCUGAACUGCAGAAGGCACAUUUAAUUUUAUUCAAGGGUGAUUUGAACUAUAGGAAGUUGACAGGCGAUAGGAAGUGGGAAUUUACCGUUCCGUUUCAUCAGGCUUUGAACGGCUUCCAUCCUGCCCCUCUCUGCAGCAUACGGACAUUAAAAGCAGAGCUUCAGGUUGGGCUGAAGCCAGGGCAGGCUGAGCAAUAUGUAGCCUCCGAGCCCAACUGGCUGACCACUGGCAAGUAUGGGAUAUUUCAGUUUGAUGGUCCACUCUGACUUGCUUUAGGAACUCUUAAGUUGUGUAGGGAGAUAUGAGAGACACUUCGUGUCCGCAAAAGGAGCACGUGAAUUUAGUCCCAUGGCUGCUCUGCAUCCGCUCUGGGGAGCAUGGCUUCUCAGUGCUCGUUUCCAUACGCUCUCGAUGCUUUUCUCUUUGGGCAUUUUGCCCUACUACAUUGUUUGGGCGAUAGAUGGAUUGAGCUAGUUACAGUUAUUUAUGUUUAUGUUGGAAUUUUAGUCACUUAUUUCAAGUUAAAUGCAUAAUUUCAAGUGGUUUUAAUGAACUUAUUUUUAAUUGGUCAGAAAGUAAAAUAUAAGAGAAUUCUGCUUUUAAAGUUAGUUAACAUUCUUUUAAUGCUAUGCUGCAUGGUAUUUAAUAUUCUAGGAAGCAUGGGAUUUUAUUUACCUUGUUUUGGGGCUCUAGAAAUAAGGGCUCCGUGAAGGCAAACAUCUUAAAUGAAAUAGGUUUUGAAAAGAGAGGCAUUUCUUAGAACUGUGAUACUUGAACGAUGAAAGUAAAGAUUACCUCAUAAGUUAAUUCUAAAUUUUGUUCUCCUUGAACUUUAUUUCAUUUUAAAUAACUUGUUUAAUUUGCACGCAUUUGUAUUUUGAUUGACCUGUGGAAUGGAUAGCAGGAAACCCAAAAUUGAACAGAAUGAAACAAAUGGUAUUUGAAGAACUGAUACCUUUUACAUUCUAUUUGUGAUAUCCAUAACCAAUUGAAAUAUAUUAUUUUAAUACAUAAAUGCUUUAAAUGAACAGAUUUUUAGAUUGUUCUGCAGUUUUUUUAAAAAAAAUGCUUUAGCUAGAAAAGAUUCUUAUGCAUUGAAUUUGGAGUACUAAGUUAAUUGUUUAUAUGCUUACCCAUUUUUGAUGACCACUAGAUGUUAAAGAAUAUAAGUUUCCAUCAGUUUGUUUUGAAACUGAUAUCGGUAAUAAACCUGGAAAUGUUUUCUUGUUGGUAUAAUAAAAUGAAGUGUACUGAAAA